AAUGUCAGUGGUCGUCAUGACAACCGUGGUAAUCAACAAUGCAAUUUUUUAGCAGCAAGUUUUCUCCUAAGAAAACCCCUCUUAGAAAAAAUACAAGUUGUAUACCAAAUGAAACUUUGGAACCACUUGUUACAGAGACUGGAAAAGUCCUCCUUUCGCUGGAUAACCAGGAAUUGGUCUUCAAAAAUGGAGAUUGGAAAUUAGAGUCUGGAGAUAAUGGAACAAUCCACAAAACAAACCAAAAACUUGCAAAAAGAGUACAAGAAUUAAAUGAAGAAAAUAAUCUGUUGAGAUUGAAAUAUGAAACAGUGUUAAAUAUGUUGACACAAACAACUGCAGAAAGCCAUCUUCAAGAAAAAGAAUUGGAACGACUCAGAAAAGGAAUAAAACACAAGGGAUAAAUUAUUUUUUUUUAUUUUUUGUAUUUUAUACUUAAAAUAUAAACUAUGCAUUUGGA